AUGUCAGGACCGAGGCCCGUGGUGCUGAGCGGCCCCUCUGGAGCGGGGAAGAGUACUCUGAUGAAGAGGCUGAUGAGGGACCACGAGGGCAUCUUCGGAUUCAGCGUGUCACACACAACGAGAAAUCCUCGACCGGGAGAGGAAGAUGGCAAAGACUACCACUUCACAACGAGAGAGGUCAUGCAGGAGGGAAUUGACAAUGGAGACUUCAUUGAAAAUGCAGAGUUUUCCGGAAAUUUGUAUGGAACGAGUAAAGCUGCCAUAGAAGACGUGCUGGCCAUGAACAAAAUCUGCAUCUUAGAUGUGGAUAUCCAGGGGGUGAAGAGGAUUAAAGAGACUGACCUGAACCCCAUCUACAUCUCCAUCCAGCCUCCAUCCAUGGAGAUCCUGGAAACUCGUCUGAGGGACAGACAGACAGAAACAGAGGAGAGUUUACAGAAGCGCCUGGAGGCAGCACGCAUCGAUAUGGAGCUCAGUAACGAGCCCGGAGUGUUUGAUGUUGUUAUCGUCAAUGAUGACUUAGAGAAGGCUUACGAGGAGCUGAAAGAUAUCCUCAAGGAUGAAAUCCAGAAAAUUCAGGAGGCGAAAUCAUAAGAAGGAAACAGUGACCAACCUUCACUGGAUGCAAAUAACCACAUCUAAAAUAAACUU